UCUGCGCCCCUUUGACAUUCCAGACUCGACAAAAAUGGCAGAAGCCGUACUGUGUGGUGAAAAGUCUACUCAAUUUCUUUCUUUUCUGCGCUCUUUAGCCGCACCACAGCCAGGUGCGGCGCCAUGCUUCUGCCGUGUGCGCUUCGUCACAUCGAAGCCCGCUCCGCUGCGUGUCUUGGCCAUGUCUGUCAAGAGAAGCCCUAAGCGCCUGAAAUAUUCCGCUCCUCGCUUUACCAAGGAGGAUAGCUUGCUCUAUGUUGAAGCUGAUCCAUCAGGAGCAGGCAAUUGGAAACUUGAACCAGUGAUCCAACUACUGAAAGAGGGAGCUGUCGGUGUCAUUCCUACUGACACUGUGUAUGCAAUUGUUUGCCAUUUGAAAAGUGACUCUGCAAUUGAACAUAUUCGUAGAAUAAAAAAUAUAGAACCUUCAAAGGCAAAAUCAAAGCUUGAUGUGCUCGUUUUUAAUUAGCUACACACACAUAAUCACUCUUUGUUUUUAUCAUGGAUGAUGCAUCUAACCUUUUUGCUUUUGAUGACUUUUACAUUUUAUGCAGCCUCUUAGUAUCUUAUGUCGCUCUUUUCGAGACAUUGACACAUACAAUGGGGUUCCCUGGUGGUGAUGGACAAGGCCAUGCAAAUAUAUUUCGAGUGGUCAAGCGUUGCUUGCCUGGCCCUGUAAGAUGGUUUUAAUCUCACUCCUAUAUUUAUAAUAGGAAUUUUAGGAUACCCAUUAGUGGCAUCUCACCACCAGAAAAGUCGAAACAUGCUGUUUUUUAUUAUGGAUGCAUGGGGGAACCUUUAGCGGGACACAUCAUAUUGUUGUGGUUUCUCAAGUGGUAGAUCUCCAUCUUUAAAUCUAAUAUCAAUAGCUUUAGGUUUCAUGACCGACCAGCUUAUUGUAUGUUCCCCAGUUUGAUACUUUGAUGGAGCAUUAUGGUCGUCAAAGAGAAUAUUCAAAAUCAAAUAAAGGAGUCUUCAUGCUUGUCAUUGUUAUUAUUAUUUUUUUUUUUGGCAUAAUUCAGUUUCCAGCUGCAACUUGAUGAUUGUUGAUUCUGUUUCCUGUGCUUGUUUGGAGACCAAAUUGUGAGGUACUUGCAGGUUUUUAAUUACAAUAAGUUCACGAAACCUUCUAGUGGAUAAAUUUUUAAUAACAGAAUUUGUGUGGAGACAGUAUACUUUCAUCUUAACUGCAAGCAAAGCAUUGCCUAAACAGUGUAUAAGGUAUGGGACUACUACUGCCAAAUAUGCUUCAAGGAAAAAUGUGGGUGUGCGUAUCCCUGAUGAUCCCAUUUGUCAAGCAAUCCUAGAGAAAAUGGACGCACCAUUGAUCUGCACAAGGUUGGUUUU